UUCAAAAUAUUAUACAUUUUAAAUUACACUAAUAUCGACACAACAUCACAAUUUGACUGCCUUUUAGCAGCUUUUCGUUAGAGUUACUUGGUUCAAGUUGAAAAGUAAUUCAAUUAGCAACCCUCUUUAAGAUUUUGCGUUUUCCAUCAUGAGCCUAAUAAACUUUAAUACGUACCAGGAAUAUGUGGACAGUUUCAUCACCAUCAACGACAAACGCUAUUUGGGCAACCAAAAGGUCCAGAGAAAGCUGAUCGAAAAUGCCUGCGGAAAGAAUUGCCUGGGCAGUCUGCUAACUCGGGAGCAUUUCCACCAGCGAAAAGCAAUAGAGUUUCUCCUGCUGAGGCCACGCGGCUUAUGCGGAUUCCAUUUCUUUGGCGACUUUUUGAACCACGAUGACGAGGUCCUGCAGGAGAUUGCUAUCCGAGAGAAAAAACUGGUCCAGAAACAAAUUUCGACCGUUGUAUACCUGUUGAUGCGUUCGAAGAAGGGUCUGGAGAUAUCCAGUUUUUUCGAUCUGGAGCAGAGUAUGCGGGAGUCGCGUUGUCACAGUUCACAGAGUUACGUAGACUGGCGGGGUAUUUUCGAGGGCAGGGUAAAGUUGAUGCCAUCGAGACGCCAUCUCAGCUUCUUUGACUGGAACCAGAAUCGAGUGUCCUCGAACGACAGCGAUAAUUUCCAAGUGGUGAGAAAACGGGCCCACAGUCUGCUGAUAAAACACGUUGGUGAUCACAAGAUAUUCUGCGUCAAUGCCAACUGCGAAUGCCCAUAUACGAAAAAUGCCAACCGCGAAACGUAUUUCUCACACACCUAUGGAUAUGUCAUAUUUUUCGACCACAUAAUCAGGCGCAUUAAUUAGCGAUGGCAUUAAAACGUCAAUAAUGCUUAAUCGUGGAUAAAUAAAAAAUAAAAUAAAAUAAAAUGAA